GGCUCGUCCGCGAACGGGGAGGGAGGGAGGUCGCACGAUAUGGGUUCUCACGUACACGCGUUCGAAGCCCGGGAGCGGGAAAUCGACGCUCGGAGCUUGGUAACAGUCGCCCCGAGUUCAGCCUUUCAAGCAAGCUGGGACUGUGGCGGCGGCGGCCGCGAGAGAGCCUCACUGGCAGCGCAUAGCAGUAAAGGGCUCGCUUGCCUGCUGGGCCUCCUCCGUUAUCCUGCCCUGUUGUAGUCAUAGCAGACUUCGUCUUGCCCAUAAGAAGCCCUUUUUAUUUAUUUGUUUUGGUUGGUUGGUUGGUUGGUUGGUUUAUGUAUCCCACCUUUCCUUCAGAAGCGCCUGAAGGUGAACAUAGUGCUGCCUCCUCCUUCCCCCCCCCCCCACAAUGACGACCCUGUGAGGUAGGUUGGGUUGGGAGAGAGCGACCAUCCCAAAGUCAUUCAGCGGACUGGAACCUUGUAUGAAAUACUCCAAAAAUGAAAGAAAGCCACUUCAACGCUCUGUUCCUGCUGGGAAUCAACGGUCCUGCUCCCCUAGAUGUGUAUCCAAGGAGCAAAAGGUGGUGUGCAUAGCACCCUCUUCUCCAUUUAUUGUCAACAACAAUCUUCUGAGCUUGGCACUUAACCUGCAAUGGCUGCCCUCAGGGAACGAAUUGAAGAUAUGGAAGAAGUGAGCAAGGAACUGCUCAAAUUGAUGACAGGGGGCAAGGCGAUGGACAUGCUUAAGCACAAUCUGGCCCAACAGGAGCAAAUGAUUGACAAACUCUUGGAUACCCAGAAGACCACAAAACAGCUGAUCAGAGAGCUCAUGAUUACUGAGGAGAAAGUUGCACAGAGACUUUCUGACAGGGAAGAAGAGUUGAAGGUGAGUAUCCAAAAGCUGCAGAAAACUGAAGAAGAAUUGCUUCAGGCAAAUGAAAAAGAUGAAAAUCUGAGGAUCAAUACUAAUGAAUUAAGAAAACAGCUGGAGACAUUGAGAGAAGAAAGCAGACAGCAGCAGCAGAACGCAGCAGAAGAAGCUGACAGGUCUACGUCAGCUACGUAUCUUGUACAUCUUUAUUACCAGAUCUGCCACAUUGACUGGGACUAUUCCUGUGAGCCAACCCUGAUCAAAGGAACCCAUUAUGGACCAGAUAUUGCUCAAUCUAUUAACCUCGACAGUAGCCAGCAUUCUCCCUGCUUUAUCAGUGAUUACCUCUGGAACCUGGUGAAUACAUCCUGGUGAAUAAGGCGGCUUUUGGCAAACAGUAAACAAUGUAGUAGAUAUUCCCAGAGGCAAGAAAUAUUUCAGUGGCUCCUUCUGUGUUAUGCUUUUUGGCAGAGCAGUAUUCUGGAGAGUGUUAACGGAAUAAAUACAGACUGAAGCAAAAUAAACAUUAAUACUAAUCACAAAAGGUGUUUUAUUAAUGUGAGAAGUAGAACUUCAAAACCAGUUUCCUAAGAGGUACCACCCAUGGGUAAGGGGAAAAAUGCAGGUCGCAGUCUGGGUAAGCCCUUCCUUAUGGGAUAAUAGAAAAGCAGCAUAAGCAAAGGUCCACCUGAGGUCUUCAAGUUGUACUGAUCAGUGUUCACUUACCUGCAGAUCAUCAGUCACAGAAGAGUGCCCCAUAAAUUUCUCUCCCUCUCAUCCCUCCCCAUCUGCACCUUGACAAACUUGCCAAGCAAAAAAUUAACCUGCCAAACCGUAUGAAUAAUACACAUUUCUAAGGAGGGCUCAGGGCUGCACUAUGUACAAAAUACUUCCACCUAUCCUGAUUUGGAGAUCAUUUCCUGAAGGUCCGUUCACUGCCAGAGGCCAGAAAAGACUUGC